CACCCAGAGCGCCGCAGCGCGGAGGCGGAGCCGAGGAGAAGGAAGCGCAGGAGGCGGGGGAGAUGGUGGCGAUGGGCGUGGACGAGGACGAGGAGCGGCGGAUGGACGAGCGGCCCAUGCACCAGGGCUGCAUGGCGGGCUUCCUCCACCUCUUCGACCGCCCCCAGAUCCUCUCCGGCCGCAGGAUCCACGGCUCGCCGCGCCGCCUCUUGUCCUCGGGCUCCAGCGGGUCGGCGACGCCGUCGGAGCGCUCGAUGCCGCUGGACCGGGCGACGCCGGCGCCGUCGUCGCCGGACAUGACGCCGCCCGCCGCGCCGAGGCCGUCGCUGCAGCUGCCGCCGCUGGACCCCAAGGACGGCGGCGGGGCGGGCGGCUGGGCCGCGCCGUCGUGGCGGCUGCCGCGGCUCUCGCUCGACAGCCGCGCCGUGGUGGACGCCAGGGGAAAGCUCCGGCCGCGCGAGAUCCGGACGGCGCCCGCCCCCGGCGCGCCGCCGUCGCCGUCCGCGGGGGGAGGCGCGGGCGACGAGCGCCGGUCGCCCAGCGUCGUCGCGCGGCUAAUGGGCCUCGACGCGCUGCCGCACGGCCAGGCGGCCGCGGCGGCUGGGGACGGCGCCGCGAGCCCGGCCGCGCUGCGUCGGUCGGCCUCCGAGCGCGUGCCGCGGGAUCCGUCCCACUUCCGGUUCGUCGACCCUGCCUUCUUCGAGCGACCGGCGUCGCCGCUCCCGCCGCUGAUGGAGCGGUCGUCGCCGCCAGCGGCGCCGGCACCGGCCGCGGAGGCGGCGAUGCGGCGGGCGCCGGAUCCGGGGUGCCCGCGCGCGUUCCAGAGGCGCAGCCGCUUCGACGCGCACGAGGUGUUCCCGGAGCCCGCGAAGCGCGCCGACCCGGCGGCCGCCGGCUCACACGGCGAGAUCGCGCUCUACGGCGAGAUCGAGCGCCGCCUCCGCAAGCGCGGCAUCGCGGAGCCGGCGCGGGAUCUUGAGACGCUGAAGCAAAUCCUGGAGGCGCUGCAGCUCAAGGGCCUGCUCCACCACACCCCCACGCCGCCGCCGCCCGUCCGCACCGCUCCACCGCCGCCGCCCAUCGUCGUCAUGCGCCCGAACCACCGCGCGCAGCCGCAGGUGCAGCCGCCUGCACGGCUGACGCCCGCGCGGCGGCUCCGCGUCGACGUCGACCGCGCCCGCCGCCCACGGUCGCCCGACCCGUCAGCGUCCCCCGCACGGAGCCCGGCAUCCCCGGCUCGACGCGGCCCGCACUCGCCGCAGCGGCGCGUGUCGCCCGUGCAGUCCCCGAAGCAGCAGCAGCCGCCGCCGCCUUUCAGGAGGCCAAGCGGCUCUGACUCCGCCGGCGCCCGCGCCCGCAUUGGCCGCCGUGCGGCGCACAACGCCGCGUCAAUUUCUCCCGACGACGAGGCCUCCACCACCUUCUCCGACGGCGGCAGCAGCAGCUCCUUCAGCGCGUCCUCCCGCUGGGACUUGGAGCCGCAGCCGGACUCUCGGACGGACCGCGGCCUGCUGGAGCGGUGCGGGAAGCUCCUGAGUAGCAUCCAGGCGUUCACCGGCAGCGACGCGGCGGGGUCGGACCAGCAGCCGAGCCCGGUGUCCGUGCUCGACGCGGCGGCCUUCCUCGCCGACGAGGACUCGCCGUCGUCGUCGUCGGGGUCGAAACGUGCCAUCGACUUCAGCAGCAGCGUUGGUCGAGCGGGCCCAAAGCCGGCGGCCUCGACGGCGUCCGACCCAGAGGAUGACGAGUGGGCCCUAGGGACAUGGCCCGCGGGCCCCGAGGCGAGCGGCGACCCGGACUACGCGUACGUGGCGGAGCUGGUCCGCCUGUUCGGUGGCGCCCGCGGCAGGCUGCGGGACCCGGCCGACGUGUACAAGGCCGCGGAGCAGCGGCGCGGCCAGCGUGGCGGCGACCCCGGCGACACGUGGCACCACCGCAGGCUGCUGUGCGGCGCGGUGGGGGAGGCGCUGGAGCGGCAGCGCGCGGCGUGCCCCUGGGAGCCCGCGGCGUGGCUCCGCGGCGCCGAGCUCGUGGACUACGUCUGGGCCGAGGUCCGGCGCGCUGCCGAGCCCGCGCCGCGCCUGCCGGCGGGGGAGGAGGAGGCCGAGGACCUGAACGCCGUCACGUGCAGCGCGAUCCGGCGCGACAUGGCGGCGGACGAGGGGCGGUGGGCGGCGACGCAGCGGCGGGUGGUGUCCGGCGCGGAGGCGGCGGAGGCCGUGCUGCAGAUCGAGCGGAUGGUGUUCAGGGACCUGGUCGCCGACACCAUCCGCGAGCUCGCCGACGCGGACCGGCCCCUCCCGCGCCGGAAGCUGGUCUUCUGAUCAUACCGGCCAGAGUCGCCGGAGCCAGUCGUCAGCGAGGAUUAGAGGAGCGAAAAGGGAGAAAAUAAUUGGAUUUGACGCUUAGUAAUUUCUGUUUCUUGCUCUGCUGUUCUUCCUCCUCCUACUAGGUAUUAGAGAGCCAUGUAAAAUUAUUUAGUUAUUUACUGCUGUUUAGUGUUUACUCCUAGUCCUAGGCCAUGUUAAUUUACUGCUAAUUGGUGUGUUUCCAUGUAAUGACGGAGCAGUUUUUAACCACUCCACUCAAGGAUGCCAUUUCGUUCC